AUGGUGCUGACCGAGGAGCUGCGCUGCCUCUGGACACUGGGCCUGUGCCUGGUGGCCGGCAGGUCCCCCGCCAGGGCCCCGGCCGCUGACCGCAGGUUCCGGGAGCGCUGCCUCGACGCCCACAACGCGCUGCGGGCCCAGGUGUUGCCGCCCGCCGCCGACCUGAGGCACUUGAGUUGGGACGAUGGUUUAGCGAAGACUGCUAAAGCGUGGGCAAACACGUGUAGAUUCGAACACAAUUCCUGUUUAUCAAAAUCAUAUGAAUGCCAUCCAACUUUUCAAUAUAUUGGAGAAAAUAUCUGGUUAGGUGGAUUAAGCAUAUUUUCACCAAAAUCUGCUGUUGAUGCUUGGUUUAAUGAAACUGAAUAUUAUGAUUAUGAUACCCUAUCAUGUACCAAAGUUUGUGGCCAUUAUACACAGGUAGUUUGGGCCAAUUCAUAUAAAGUUGGUUGUGCAGUGACAAUGUGUCCUAAACUUGGAGGAUAUGAAACUGUAAUAUUUGUAUGCAACUAUGGACCUGCAGGAAAUUAUCCGAAUAGGCCCCCUUACACUAGAGGAGUACCCUGCUCUUUGUGUACCGAAGAAGAAACUUGCACAAACAAUCUCUGCCUCUUUUGGUUCUCAGAACAGAUUUUUUUAAAGGAAAUAAAAAACUUGAAAAAUAUGAAAAAUAUCCAGAUUGGAAUCCACAGGGGACGGCGCCUCAGCACAUAUCAUGUAAUCCACUGUGCCUAGUUUUGGUUCUUCUGAGACUAUUUUAAUUACCAUUUACAUACAGAAAAGUUCUAAGGCAUGACAAUAAACAAAUAGUUUAUUGCUAAACGUUAA